AUGUUUAAGCGGACGCCGUUGUUAUAUGCGGCACUGAAAGGCCAUGCUGCGAUUGUGGAGCUGCUACUUAUGACUGGUGGAGUCGAUCCAAAUUCAAACGACACGCAAGGACAGAUGCCGAUGUCAUUAGCGGCAGCGUACGGACAUGAGACGGUAAUCAAACUAUUGCUGGCCAAAAAUGGGGUUAUCCUAGACCCUGAAAAUUAUAAGGGGCGAACACCACUGUGUUGCUCAGCGCAGAAUGGGCACGAAGAAGUAGUUAGGCUAUUGCUUGCCUCAAAGGGUGUUGAUUCAGACUCGAUGGAUAAUUCGGGUUGGACACUGCUAUCGUUGGCAGCACAGCUCGGACGCAAGGGAGUGGUAAAGCUGCUUCUUGCCUCUGGACAUGUGAACCCAAAUUCCAAAAACUAUCUCGGGAGGACACCUCUUUCUUUGGCUGCACAAAACGGACAUGUGGCAGUCGUCAAGCUCUUGCUCGCCACAGCCGAAGUUGAUCCGGACCCCAGGGAUUCUGAUGGACGAGCGCCGUUGUCUCGCGCAGCACAUGACGGACAUGAGGCAGUCGUCAAGCUGCUUCUUGCUCAUGAACGUGUGAACAAAUAUUCAGUUGACAAUUACGGAAAUGAGGCCUUUCUUUGGCAGCGCGGAAAAGACACGAGGCAAUUAUUAGGCUAUUAA